GGAUGUGGUUUAUCCCAGGAUCUGUGGGACAGCAGCCAGAUAAGGAGGGCCGAGGAGUGUAGUUGGGCCUCAGCUUAUGGGUCGUGGGUUACAGACCCGUGUAUCCAAACUCAGACUCUGAAUUCAGAGAGGAGCUUCAGCUGGAGGAAGGGAACCCUCCCGUCAUGUCCAGGUGAGGCCGAGGAGUGCCGUGCUGAACAUGCUCAGGAGGCUGGAUAGGAUCAGGUUCAGAGGCCACAAGAGAGAAGACUUCCUUGACCUAGCCGAGUCUCCAAAUGCCUCGGACACCGAGUGUGGAGACGAGAUCCCUCUGAAGACACCACGGCCCUCACCCCGGGACAGUGAGGAGCUCAGGGACCCUGCUGGUCCAGGGACCCUCAUCAUGGCAGCAGGCGUCCAGGACUUUAGCAGGACAGAGUUCGAUCGGCUGAAUGAGAUCAAGGGUCAUCUGGAAAUCGCCUUACUGGAAAAGCACUUUCUUCAGGAGGAGCUCCGGAAGCUUCGGGAAGAGACCAACUCAGAGAUGCUGCGACAGGAGCUCGAUCGGGAGCGGCAGCGCCGGAUUGAACUGGAACAGAAAAUACAAGAGGUGCUGAAGGCCAGGUCGGAGGAGCAGCCCACACAGCCUCAGCAGCCGCCAAAGGGACAGAGCCAUGCCAGCAAUGGCACCGGCACAGACCGUCGCAGCCAGGGGCUGUCGGCCCGUGUACAGAAGUGGUUCUAUGAGAGAUUUGGAGAGUAUGUGGAGGACUUCCGCUUCCAGCCAGAGGAGAACACAGUGGAGACAGAGGAGCCCCUCAGCGCCCGCAGGUUAACUGAAAACAUGAGACGAUUGAAGCGUGGUGCCAAGCCAGUCACUAACUUUGUGAAGAACCUGUCUGCCUUAUCUGACUGGUACUCCAUCUACACCUCUGCCAUCGCCUUCACCGUGUACAUGAAUGCUGUAUGGCAUGGCUGGGCCAUCCCCAUGUUCCUGUUCCUAGCAAUUUUGAGGUUGUCCCUCAAUUACCUCAUCGCCAGGGGCUGGAGGAUACAAUGGAGCAUUGUGCCAGAAGUGUCUGAAGCUGUGGAACCUGCAAAGGAAGAUCUGACCGUGUCUGAGAAGUUCCAGCUGGUGCUGGACGUUGCCCAGAAAGCACAGAAUCUCUUUGGCAAGAUGGCAGAUAUUCUAGAAAAGAUCAAGAACUUGUUCAUGUGGGUGCAACCCGAGAUCACACAGAAACUGUAUGUCGCUUUGUGGGCCGCCUUCCUGGCUUCUUGCUUCUUCCCUUACCGCCUGGUGGGGCUCGCUCUUGGCCUCUAUGCUGGCAUCAAGUUUUUCCUAAUCGACUUCAUCUUCAAACGCUGCCCAAGACUUCGAGCCAAGUACGACACGCCCUAUAUCAUCUGGAAGAACCUCCCCACUGACCCCCAGCUCAAGGAGCGUGCAGGUGCCACCGUGUCACGCAGGCUUCAGACAACCUCAUCACGAAGCUACGUCUCCAGUGCUCCAGCUGGUCUGAGUAAGGAUGAAGAUGCUGGCCGCUUUCACAGCACCAAGAAGGGCAAUUUCCAUGAAAUCUUUAACUUGACUGAAAACGAACGCCCACUAGCAGUGUGUGAGAAUGGUUGGCGUUGCUGCCUCAUAAACCGAGACCGGAAGAUGCCCACGGACUACAUCAGGAACGGGGUUCUAUAUGUGACAGAGAAUUAUCUGUGCUUCGAAAGCUCCAAGUCUGGGUCCUCAAAGAGGAACAAAGUGAUCAAGCUGGCGGACAUCACAGACAUCCAGAAGUACAAAGUCUUGUCCGUCCUCCCUGGCUCAGGCAUGGGGAUUGCUGUAUCAACUCCAUCAACCCAGAAACCCCUGGUGUUCGGCGCCAUGGUGCACAGAGAUGAAGCCUUUGAGACCAUUUUCAGCCAGUAUGUGAAAAUCACAUCUGCAGCAGCCUCUGGCGGUGACAGCUAGUAUUGACUCUGAGGUGUUGUUGGAAUCCUUUCUAAUCGUUGGCUAAAGGGUCAGAUGGGAUGUCCUUCUCAUCUUUGGCAAUAAUUCUCCUGGACUAUGGCUAGUUAUGGCAGCCUGGGUUUUGCAGACCUGAAGGGCUGGGACUUACCUGGACAGUGUCGGGCUGGCCCGUGCUGAGCGCGUGAAGCACCGUUGAGGACACCUGUGGACACGGGUGGGCAGAGGAUCCUCUUAACCCGUUUGAAGGAUGGCACACAAGGUACUCGUCCUCAGGUCCUGCUAAGCACAGCUCCUCAUUCUCCAUCCCGGCCUGGGUACAGACCCAGCACCUGCCAUCAUGAGAGAGUGGUUGUGGUGCCUUCUUGCCGGGAUGGUAAGACAGAGAGAAGUGGUGGGGAGGCCCCUCUCCAGUGAAGAAAUGGCCAGUCAUCUCACUCGGCCCUCAGAUUCUCCUUCCAUGCUGGACCUACUGUGGACACUGCAAGGCUUUGGGUAGGGCCUCUCAGGGCUUGGUAUGUUUGGGGUACCUCCCCCUCCAUUUUCAGUGUCUGGUCCUGAGCUGUCAUUCAUCAGACCCAUCUUGGUUUGACAUUCCAGCCAAGAGACCAGGCCAGUGGUUGAUGGCCAGCAAGGGUCCAGAAUGGCAUGUUGGCAAAAGCACACUUUUUUUAACACUUGGCUUUUCGGGAAGGUUUUUGAGGGCAUUUGGCCUCCAAGCUGCAGCCCCUCCAAGUAAAGGGAUGGGUUCAGGGAGAUAAGGGAGGGCCCUGUGCCACAGGAGAUAGCUGUGGGCAGAGCCUAGAGGUUGGGGGGGUCUGAGUUGCCCUGUACCUCUAACAUCUAACAGUAUUUCUUCUUCCUACAUGCUCAACAAGGGCCAGGCAACCCCACCCUACCCAUGCUUCCUGCCCCAACCAAGGUGGAGAUUGCCUGGGUGGGUGAUCUUGCAGGCCUGGGACUCUGAAGGGUGCAACCACCACCCCACCUGUGCAUUUUCCAGGUGGAUCACUCUGACUCCUUCAGCUUGUCCUGAGUCCUUCAGGUGUCACUGAGAUCGUUUUUUUUGAAGAAACAGAAGAUUCUAUUUUUUACAGAGAGCAAGCUGUUUUUCUUAUUUUUGUAUCAUUUUUCAAAUGUAAUUUUUACCUUUGCUCCAAUCCUCAUUUGCUGGUGUGGGUGUGAGGCCUGGUGGCUUGGGCUCAUGACACCCCAUUCCCAGGGGCUUCAGACCACACACUGGGGUUGGGAAAGGCUUGCCAGGCGGCCAGAUCAAGCACACAUACCACCCCAGAUGUUCCACAAAGGCCUCACAGCUCCAGGUACAUAGGUGAAGGAGUCUGAACAUGGAGGCAGGACCCUCCUCCAUCCAGAGCUGUGGCUUGGGCCUCUGUAAUAUGCUCGUGCUCUGAAGAGCAUAGAGUGUAAUAAGAGGACCUGGUGGCACUUCCAACAUGCUAGAGGGGAGGAAGCAUGGCCUCUGACCUGUCUCUGGGGAUGACUGUAUGGGUGAUGCCCACACAUGGUGGUUAACACUUCCUAGAACCUGGCAGUGCCUGAGCUGGCGAAUGCUGCCGCUGAGGUGCCACCCAGAGGCCUUGAGCUGAAUGGGCUUUUAUGGUGGAACAAGAAAGAGGUUUAGUUGGAGUCUCUUUCUCUUGGAAAGAGAGAUGAAGACUGACCACGGGCCAGGGGGACAGGGCUGGGCCAGGGGCCUGUGAAGGCAAUGGCAUACUUAGAGACACUGGGGUUUUUAUUGGAUUGUGUGAUUUGAACAAGUGUUUAAUUUCUGACUAAUCACUGACCUAGAAUGUUCAAUUUCGUAUAUCUGAAGCUUGAGUCUGUUUUGGAUCUGUACAUAAUUGUUAUUGGUGUAACUUUUGUUCUACAAAAGGAUCAUAUUCUAUAAAGAACUGAUAGGAAAAAAAAUCCUCUGUCACUUUUUUUUAAAAGAAAAAUCUUGUUUAGAUACAAAGUCUUGUAUAAAUUAUAAUUUUUAUUUAAUAAACCUUAAAAUGCUCUGUGCUAAG